AUGGAUUCCAUAGAAAGGACACCCGAUUACACCAAGUUCAUACAUGAGCUCGAGAAAUUCCAUAAUCAAAUAGGGACUACGUUUGUCAAAGAACCCAUACUUGGUGGUAAAAAGAUAGAUUUGUUCAAGAUAUACAAGGCUACCGUAGAGGCUGGCGGCCAUGAAAAAGUAUCGAGCCAGAAAGGAUGGAAGAAGAUUGCUGAUCUAUUCAAUCUGCCAUCUACAUGUACAAACUCGGCAUUUGUGAUCAAACAAGUGUACGCACAGGCCCUUGCUCACUAUGAACUGCACAAGAAGCGAGGAGGGCCAAGUGUAGACGCCAUCAAGAAGAUGGUUACUGAACAAAAUUCACUAAAACGAGGAGCUGAUACUGAACUGAAUGGCGUUGGCAUUGGCGAGCCUGUGAAUGGUAUAAAGCUGGAAGAAGGAAAGAAGAGAAAGGUAGAUCAAGGUCUUCCAACUACGAAACCUGUGGUUCCAAGACCUAUGACACUGUUUUUGAGUGGAGACGAAGAACCUUUUGAUGGUGUGUCUAUGUUUGACCUCAAAGUUGCUCCCGUCUUUCUAUUGUUGACACUUGAAUUACCGUUAGAUCGUCUCUUGUUGUUUGGAGGACCACAUAGCCGACUGUUGUUGGCUCUUGAAUCAGGAUUACCGAACGAGAUUGAUUGGGCGUUUAAUAAGCUCAUCAAAAUAUCCUUCCGUAGUUAUAAUUCCAUCAAGCCUAUAGAUAUUAGCAACAUACCAGGCUUGUUGCAUAUACUCCUCACACACAUGGCUCCCGUAUUUGGUAGAAUCAAUUUAGAUGUACAGGCUCGAGCCGAUGCCGUGUUAGCCGAACCAACAGCAGCUGGUCAACUCAACCCAUUACCUCCAUUGACAGAGAUCACCAUAUUUGCCUCGACCGAUCAACUAAUUCUCUUUGAACGAGCUCUACAGAGCCUACUAGUCAUCAACAACUUCACGUUUUACAUCCCAAACAUAAAGAAUCUCGUCGAGUCAGACCACUUGCUAUCAUAUUUGACCAAAGGAAUCGCACUCCCAUCAUCCACAUUAUAUAUAGAACUGAAACGAUACUGCCUAACCAUCUUGGAAGAAAUGUCAGAGUACUUGGAUGUGUCGAAAAACGGACGAGAUUAUAUUGUAACAUAUCUCGAAAAACUUGUGCACUCCAACGACUUGGGACUGAUACUACCCGCAUUACGUAUUCUCAACCAGUUGGCUAUGCAGGAUAAACACGAAGAGGUGUUUUCAAAUCCCAGCCCUGAAUUCAUGAAGAGGUUGAUGGAUUUACUCUUGACACCGCAUGAAGAGGUUAUACAUUAUAUUAUGGAUCACUUUUAUCAUUUAUCUUCAUUGGGUGGUGAUACCGCUAGGGCUAUCGUAGGUGGUGAUGGUAUAUCCAAUUCGUCAGGUGCUCGAUUGAGAAUGUUGCUACGAAUGCUGUUUUACUCAAGUAAGAGGCAAAAGGCCGCAGCUGCAGCACAAGCACAAAAAGUUGCAUCUGCUGGUCGUCCGACUGCGCAAAAUCUGCUACAAAAUUGGAUUCGUUCUUGGUUUGCGCAUGACCCCGCAUCUUCGUUAUCACACCAAGCGAUUAUUGGUCUCGCUGAAAAGUUUUGUGCAGAUAAACAAGUAAAGCUCCAACCCACAGAAGUAAUUACAGCCUUCAAACAGCACUUCCCUGCAGUGCGUGAUGAAAACGGCUCUUUUAUGGGUUUACGAUAUCAAAGUACUGCUACAUUAGCGCCAAUGGGUGGACCACCUACAGUAAAAAUCAACGCACCCAAUACGAUCGUCGAUAUAGUAGGAGAUGAUGAUACAGACAUGGCAGAAGCUGGACUAGAAUUUCUAGAUUUCGGAAAGAAUCUAGAUGCUGGUGGUGAAGGUGCUUCAGGUGGUAGUAAAUCUCAACCAGCGUUACAGACACCUCCCAAUGAGAGAAUAGAAUUGAGUGGUGCUGGUGGUAGCAAUAGUAAUGCCACAACGCCAGGACCAUCAUCUGCUGCUCCAAUGUCGUGUUGGUGGGGUCGGACAAGUACAGCAACGGGUGCGCCAUCAGCACCACAGGAUGCAUCAUGUAAUGGUCCCUUUGAUACAGAUGCCGACGUAUUGGCUCAUAUCGUAAGCAAGCAUAUACAACCCGAUAUGGCCAGUCCACUAUUGACUUGUCAAUGGCGAACAUGUGAUUAUGUUUGUCCAACUGAUGAUCGUCAACAACUCUUUGCUCAUGUGAAAACCCAUACUCCAUUCCGACCACCUGCUAGUAGUAAUAGUAAGCCACUUGCAUCAUUGUUGCUACCAUCGACACCAGCUGGAAUUGGUCGAGCAGGAUCUAUAGUAUUGCCACCACAAUCUGAUAAUCUGUUGGGAGUACCAUUGACCACCUUGUAUGUAUUGAGGAAUAUGGCUAGAGCUGGAGUUGAUUUGGCUGCUAUUGAACAGGACUUGAUCAAAUGGGCUGAUGCACACAGCUUUCCUGGUGUUGCGCCUUCGCUCUUGUAUGAAAGUCUUAGGGUCAUCUAG